CGACUUCUGACUAGCUUCAAGCGUGUAAUUUUGGUGACAGCAAGAGCUGCAAGAGUCGAGUUGUGAAUUGAGGGUUUGACAGUUAAAUUUGUGAGAAAUUGAAAAAGAAAAUGGCUUUCGUGGAUAAUAUCGUUCAGCCUCACGCAGCUAAUAUGUCGGAACACAUGAUGCCGGACUGGCUCACUUCGGAACAGAGCACUGGAACGUCAAUUAUGGCAUGCGAAUUCGAUGGCGGUGUAGUAAUAGGCGCUGACUCUCGAGGAACAACCGGGGCGUACGUUUCCAACCGUUUCGCCGACAAGCUGACAAAAGUGUCGGAUAACAUUUAUUGUUGCCGUUCCGGCUCGGCGGCGGAUACCCAAGCGAUCGCUGACGUAGUAGCUUAUCACUUGGGAUUGCACUCGAUGGAGCUCGGAAUGCAGCCCUUGGUGGAAACCGCCGCAAAUAUAUUCCGCGAGAUAUGCUACAAUUAUCGGGACUCGCUGAUGGCCGGGAUACUGGUGGCGGGUUGGGACAAGCAGAAGGGCGGCCAAGUCUACAGCAUCCCCAUAGGCGGCAUGUGUGUCAGACAACCGAUUUCGAUCGGCGGUUCCGGCUCGACGUACGUGUACGGUUACGUGGACGCGCAGUACAAGACCACCAUGUCGAAGGACGAGUGCCUGAAGUUGGUGGAGAACACACUCGCAUUGGCCAUGGCUCGUGACGGCAGCAGCGGUGGUGUCAUACGGACUGGCGUGAUUACGGACAAGGGAAUCGAGAGGAAGGUCAUACUGGGCAACGAACUGCCCCGCUUCUACGAGGGAUGAAUGUUACCGUCGCAACUAAGGCUGCUCGUCGCGAUACGUUUAAUAUAAGAUACAUAUUUCUAGAAACCUGCGCGGGACACACGUCGCAUUUGCUAAUUAAAAUUAAAGGAAGUACCACGAUCC